AUGAUUGAGCUCGGCCUCAGCCGGAUAUCCCGUCUCCUUCAACAGACUCCUCUGUCAUGGAAGGCAAUCCACAUCGCGGGUACCAAUGGCAAAGGCUCGAUCAGCGCCUACUUGUCGCACCUUCUGACGACAGGAGGGGUACGCUGCGGCCGCUUCACCUCCCCUCACUUGAUCGAUCGCUGGGAUUGCAUCACAAUUGAUGAACGAGUUGUCCAGGAGUCGCUCUUCAGACAAAUCGAGGCUCGGGUCAAGCUCCGAGAUCAAACGUUAGGCAUCGGCGCGAGCGAGUUUGAACUGUUAACGGCAACGGCAUUUGAGAUAUUCAAUCACGAACAAGUCGAGGUCGGUGUCGUUGAAGUGGGCAUGGGCGGUCGCUUGGAUGCUACCAAUAUACUGAAUAAUGUCCUUGUUUCGGUUAUUGCAAAGAUUGGCCUGGAUCACCAAGCUUUUCUGGGAAACACAAUUGAGGAGAUCGCUCGGGAGAAAGCCGGAAUAUUGAAGCCUGGAGUCUUUUGUGUAGUCGACGGCACGAACUGUGUGGAGGCAACAGAAGCUAUCAAACAUCGCGCCAGAGAGCUUGGUCUGGAUGCCAUUCCUGUUUAUCCGGAUGAACCAGAUCGCCAACUGCCCUCACUGACCAGGUUAUUCGGGAAACUCGAUUUGCAGACCCAUCAGAAAGCAAACAUGUCUUGCGCUGCAGCAGCUUUGAAAGCUGUCUUGCCACAGGUUCGCCCUGGACUUGAUGUCGACACCUUUAUACCACAUCUUGCUUCUGUGGAGUGGCCGGGUCGCUUACAGAGCAUCACUUUAGAGCCUCUGGCCACCCGCAAGGAACCCGUUCUGCUGGAUGGUGCGCAUAAUGCCCAGUCUGCCGAGGUUCUAGGAGAAUAUGUAAAUCGCAAAUUGCGCGUGUCGGGGAACAACGUCACCUGGGUCAUUGCAGCAUCGCACGGAAAAGAUAUUCGUCCGCUGUUCCAUUCUAUCAUCGAACCAGGCGACGACGUCGCGACAACGAGUUUUGGGCCUGUGGACGGGAUGCCUUGGGUCAAGGCUGCUGAUCCGGAUGAUCUAUCUUCAUGUGUUCUAGACAUACAAGGCAUCGGGAAAGUCCAGUCGUUCAAAGAUGAUACUGUCGGUGCAAUCGAUUGGGCUUGUAGCCGGGCGGACGGCAAACCCCUGGUCAUCGCAGGGAGUCUUUACCUCGUCUCAGACGUUCUCCGUUAUCUCAGAGCAGCAAAAUCGGGAUGA